AUGACCGUCACAUACGACCCUCCCUCUCGGGGGACGAACGCAUCCUUGGCCAGCCUGGAAGAGCGAUUUCAGGUUAUGAAAGAGGUCGGCGAUGGUAGCUUCGGUAGUGUCGCCUUGGCUCGUGUACGGACUGCCGGUGCUCACAUUGCGCGACGAGGGACGAUGGUCGCUAUUAAAACGAUGAAGAAGACUUUCGACUCACUAGGCCCAUGUCUGGAGCUCCGAGAAGUCAUCUUCCUGCGCACUCUCCCCAUUCACCCUCACCUCGUCCCCGCGCUCGAUAUCUUCCUCGACCCUCUCACCCGCAAGCUACACAUCUGUAUGGAGUAUAUGGAUGGUAACCUGUACCAAUUGAUGAAGGCCCGUGAUCACAAGUACUUCGAAGGCAAGCACGUCAAGAGCAUUCUGUACCAGAUCCUCUCCGGAUUGGACCACAUCCACGCCCACCACUUCUUCCACCGCGACAUUAAGCCCGAGAACAUUCUGGUAUCGACCUCCGCCCCCAAUGACUCUACCUUCAGCCGCUACUCCAACCUCGUCACCCCUCCAUCCACCCCUCCCACCUAUACCGUGAAGAUCGCCGACUUUGGUCUCGCCCGUGAGACGCACUCCAAACAACCCUACACCACCUACGUCUCGACCCGCUGGUAUCGGGCUCCUGAAGUGCUCCUGCGUGCGGGCGUCUAUUCUGCCCCGGUCGAUAUGUGGGCCGUUGGCGCCAUGGCCGUUGAAAUCGCUACUCUCAAGCCGCUCUUCCCCGGCGGCAAUGAGGUCGACCAAGUGUGGCGCGUUUGUGAGAUCAUGGGUAGCCCUGGUAACUGGUACAGUAAGUCUGGUGCGAAGAUUGGCGGUGGUGAGUGGCGCGAAGGUUCUCGACUGGCCCACAAGCUCGGCUUCACGUUCCCCAAGAUGGCACCGCACUCUAUGGAUACCGUUCUCCAGCAGCCACAAUGGCCAGCUGCGCUCGCCGAGUUUGUGACUUGGUGUCUUAUGUGGGAUCCUAAGAACCGCCCGACCUCGACCCAAGCACUGAACCAUGAGUACUUUGCCGAUGCGGUUGACCCUUUGCGGCCCAAGUCCUCUACUUCUUCCCGUCUGCUGGGCCGCAAGCCCUCCGACAGGAGCUUCAAGUCUCCCACUCUCACCCCCAGCGACUCUCCUACCCUUUCCUCCAAGCCCUCGUGGUUCCGCCGCUCAUUGAUUGGUCGGUCUGAGAGCCCCGUCCCUACUAUUGAUGGCGACAGCCCUGCCAGACCUGCUCCUGUGACUUACAAUACCGUCCCCGAAAUCCAACCGGCCAAGCCCCGCCCAGCAAACACCAAGCGGGCGACCUGGGCCAACGGUGCCCCCAUGCCCAUUCUUCCUUCCAUCCGCCCCGUGUCUCCUCUCUCCAACUCCGUGACCGCCCAAGCGAACGCAACCGUCGCGCACGGCGAGGCCUCGAAGCCUUCCGAUGCCGACCAGAGCAAGAACAAGAAAAUUGGUCGUCAACUGUCCGUCAACUCGAAUGGAAAUCACUACUCGGAUGUGCACCGACAGGAGGCCGAGCGUAUGCUCAAUGGCUCUGGCCAGACUACCCCUACCACCAAGGAGAGUUUCUUCUCCCACCUGCGGAAGCGUGCUCGCCGACUUUCCGGACGUAACCAGGCCAACCCUGCUGUGGAGGAUGUCGAGGCCAAUGCUGGCUGCAUUCCCUGGUCUAACCGCUCAUCAAUGGCUCUCGAUGGAACCAACCCGGGCGAGCCCAAGCCACACUCCGACCUGAGUGAGCUGGAUAAGGCUCUCCAGAGUGUCAAGUACGCAUUGGACACCUCGACUCUUGGAAACGUGCCCGUUCACCUGAUGAACAGCUCCGACAAUGUCAUGAAGCGGCAGUCAAUGCCCACUAGCAACCCCGGUCCCAUCUCAAGCCGCACCCGGCGAGCAAUGCAGAUGACGAGCCACCCGGUCCACCGGUAUGAGACACCGGAGGAAGAGGAUGAGCUGCUCGAUGAGGUCCUGCAUUCUGCCAGCAAGGCCGCCAAACGUCUCGCUCAGGCACAAUCCCUAACCUCCCAUCCUUCCGAUGGGAGCCACCGACACACUGACGGCUCGCACGCCCUUCCCAGCCCGUAUCCUACUCCUUCGCCAACCGCCAAGGCCGAUGGCUACUUUGAGACCCCCAUCAAGCAGAGCAUGGCCAAGGCUGGUAACGAAACCUCUAACCGCCAAUGGCCCACUCCUCCUUACGAAGAGGCCGAGUGGAACAACAAGGCGACCACCUUGCACUUCCCUUCUGCAUCCAACUACAUCUAA